UUCUGUCACAGCUGCGAAUCUUUCAUAGUCACAAGGAGCAAAGUGAUUGAGAAUCUGUUUUCACGCUUCAAUAUCACGGAGAUAUAGAGUCAAAAUGAGUUUUAAUUCGCUAUUGAAACAUAAGCUGGCUAAGAGUAAGUAUGAAAAUAUAGACCUUUUCCAGAAGCAGAUAAUACUUGCUAUGGAAAGUUAUAGAGACUUGAGGCCGACUAUGGAAAAAUUUGUUCAUGAUGAUGGGAGAGAAACAGAGCUUUUUGGACUGCAGGGAACAAUUCCAAUCAAGUUCAAAGACUCCAAAUAUAAUUUCCCAAUAUGUGUGCUUCUUCAAACCAAGCAUCCAUAUACUUAUCCAAUUGUUUAUGUUCGACCAACCAAAUCUAUGGUACUAAGGUCUACAAGAUAUGUUGAUCGAUCAGGAAGAGUUUACCUGCCCUAUAUAACAGAAUGGAAACAUCCGGGUUCAGAUUUAGAAACUCUUCUUCAAAUCCUCUGUUGUGUCUUUGGUGAGGAGCCACCAGUUUAUUCCAAAGAUUUAGGCAGCGUUCCAAAUACAUUAGUUGGUGGGCCCACAGUAAGCUAUCCUGAUAACAAGCCAAUAUAUCCUGCAACACUGCAAUACACUCCCAAGAAAGAAACAAAGGGGAAAAAUGACAAUGUGAAAGAGCUUGAGUUGGAUUGUUCUGAGGAAAAUUUCAAUUUUUCCAAACCAUGGAAGGACAGUGAUGCCGUUCUUAUUAUUGAGGGGCAAAGCCUUCAUGUUCACAAAAUCAUCCUAGGAAUGUCAUCAACRGUGUUUCAAGCCAUGUUCGCCAAGUCUUCAGGCAUGCCAUGUAUAAAUCUACCAAGAAAAAAUGUUACUGAGUUUGUUGACUUCUUGAAGCAGAUUUACACACUACAGUUUACAGCUGCUAUAACAAUGAAAAGCGUUGAGUAUAUUUACGACCUUGCUGAUGAGUUUCAAGUAAAAAGUGUGCUUAAUGCUUGUAGAAAGUUCCUUACAUCCCAAGAAAUAACAGGCGAUAACAUUGGAAAGCUUUUAAACUUGGCAGAAAGAUUUAGUUGUGAAGAGCUAAGUUUUAAAUGCAAAAGUCGUCUAAAGAAUCUCAAUUUCAAAGCAUUAAAAGAUGUACAACUUGACACACAAAGUCUCCAAAACAUCGUCCUAACAAAGGCCAUCCGUUUGGAGAAAUGCGUAGAAGARCUUCUGCCGCAACUUCUCUGGUUCAUCGACUGUGCCGUGUAUUUCUGGUCAAACACAACCGAUAAAGAUCUCAAUACAAACACCAAAAGAGGCAUGAUUGCAGGAAAGCCAAAGAUUUGUGAAAGGCAUUAUGAAGUUGGAAAAAGCGUGMUUUGUGAAGGACCAAAAACUCCCGCAAAGCUGGAGCAUCUCGAAGAGAGAUUGACAUGCAAAAUGUGCAUGUCGAUGUUGGACGAAAUGAAAAGUCUGUCAUAUCAAACCUUUGGCGGAGGAAACACCCCUGAGGACACACUUCGAGAGAUUUUUGAAGUUUUAUUUCCAGGAAACGGUCGAAAUGACUUGGUUGUCUGUAAUAACAUACAAGUUUUAAAAUGAACAUUAAAAAAAAAAAAUUUUUAACCAGAUGCUUUAGAGCGCAUAUUUUAUUUCGGCUACCAUUAUCUAAUUUUCGAUUUUUAUCACAAAGGCGGCGUCCAAUCAAUUGAAGAGCUGGCCUAAAAAAUUAGCAUAAAUUUUCAAAGGGUUUAUUGAUACAAUAACCUAUGUUUGAUCUCYUUAAAAAGUCAAAGGCAAGAAAUUUGUAAAAUUAUAAAUCCUAACAGUAAUUGCUAUGUGCUAAACUAAUAUAUUGCGAUUGAUCUUCA